AAGGGAACAAGAGUGAUGGCAGCCAGAAAAAUCUUUCUUGAAUUACUUGGGACUCAGCAAACAAACGUUAAGGGUGAAACGGCCAACGUUAACCCACGCAGAUGUUUGUUUCACGGGGAAGCAUGCCAGUUUCUGAGGGAAGCGGCUCUGGCUGCCCGCAGGAGAAGCCAUGUUGGGUGCCUCUGCCGCAGGCCCUGCACGGGGAGGGGGGGGAUCGGUUUUGUUUGCAGGACUGCGGGGACAACUGCGGUACUGGCCCCGCAUCGCGGGUGGGUCCUCUCCGGGCUCGACCAGCGCCUCGCCGCCGCCCCUGCCGUGGUGAGCGCCGCGCCGCCCGCCAGGCUCUACGCUGCAGCAGCGAAAACUGCAAAAAGAGGUUCACGAAAGACCAAGCAGGAAGAAACAAAAAAAACCCCAGUAACUAGGAGGCGACCGCUGAUGAGCAAGCCUGUGGAUGAUGUAUACUUGACAUGGUAUUAUGAGCGGCCAUCCUAUGAUGUGGAAGUAGCUGUGGGUAUGCUGAAGAAAUUUCAGGAACUGGACUUCACUAACCCCAAACAGUAUGUCUACAUUAAUGUAUUCCUAGAUAUGGCACUACAGAAGAAGAAAAAAGUGGAUCCAUUUUCAAGCGUUGUUCUUCUUCCAUAUCGCUUUAGAGAUGAAACAAACAAGGUCUUGGUUUUCACAGAGAAUGAGCAAGAAGCUGAAAUAGCUCGAGAGAAUGGAGCUGCUGUUGUGGGAGGAGUUGAAUUAAUCAAAUGGAUUUUGGAAGAUGAAAUCCAAGUGGACUUCUAUGUAGCUGUUCCUGCAAUAAUCCCUAAGCUAAUACCAUUAAGGAGCAAACUGAAACAAAAGUACCCAAACACAAGAAGAAAUUCCCUGGGCCAUGAUAUUCCCAAAAUGCUGCAACUCUUCAGAGAAGGUCUUGAGUACGCAGUAGAAGAUGAGCAUAUAAUCAAGACAAGAAUAGCAAGACUGGAUAUGCCUACGGAGCAGAUAGUUGCCAAUCUAAAAACAGUUAUCCAUGACAUCUGCAAAUUCAAGCCAUCAACUGAUGAUCCUCUUGUGCAGAAGUUGUUGAUUAGAUCUUCAAGCAGUGAAUGUUUGCUAUUGAACCUUGAUGGACUUCUACCUCAGGUGGAGAAAGUAGAAGAAGAAGAAAAAAAUGCAGACGAUGAUGAAGAAAAACAUGUCCAAGAACCUGUUCGUACCUGAUGUCUUUCGUUAUAGAUCUGAUGAUCAAACUCAGGAAGCAAAUGGUGUAAUUCAAAUCAUACUUCAUGAAAAGAAAAAAUAAAUCUUAAUUUGGGAAUUUCACUUUUGAAUUCUGUGUAAGGAGAAACACCUUCACUAACAGGAGUCUGUUGUCAAAACCGAAGAUGUCUUAAAUACCUUUUGUUGGUAACUAAAAGCUCCCUAGUUUGUGUGUUGUCUUUUUUUCUUUGCAUAUUUUUUUACAGAAAAAUAUUUCUGUAACUUCUGAAGCAUUGCCUUGUCUGACUGCAAAGUCAGACCUGGUGUUCCUUUUGACUUGGUGGGGGUAAUGUCUGCAUAAUGUUUGUAAUAUCACACUCUGUUUUCAUUUAAUCUGCAUAUGUAGAUACCGGAGGGGUAUACAAAGGAUUACUACUCUGCUACCUUGAGUCUCUGAAUGCAGGUUAGUCUUUGUGACAAACUGUAAUAAGUGAGGUUUUUCAAAAUUAAAAUGGGAUGUAUUCUGCAGGAGGAGUGGUCAUGCACCUUAUCUUUCAAAUAAUGCUAUUUCAUCUUUGUGUAACUGAUACAACACCCCUCGGAGAAUCCAGUCAGUUAGUGGUUUGUUUGUACUAUCCUGGAAAGAAUAUGCUUUAAAUGUCUUGGGGUGAAACCUGAGUGAAGCUACAAAAUUUGUCACUUUAUUGACUUCUAUCAUAUAGGUUCUUGUAGAUGGGCUUGUGAAUAACCACUUGGGAUAAGUGGAUGGGUUUGGAGGAAUGGGGGCAGCUUCACAACAAGCAGCAGAUCUUUUUCCAUGCAGGUGACUCUCAGAGGAAGACUCCUGUGCUACGCUUCCUGAUGAGAUUUUUUUUCCCCUCUGCCAGUGUAUGCAGAAGAAGAAAAAUGCUCUGGGGGUCACCUUUGGUGGUCUGCUUGCUAAAUUUUGUUCCUCAGACUCUUAGUAGCUAUGUAUACCACUUAGACUUGGCAGAAAGUCUUGAAAAUAAAAGACUCUUUAAUUGAAAUGGAGGUCUCUUAACAGUAGCACAGUUUGAUGUAGGUGGUAGAUUCCCUAUAAAUGAGUUGAUCUCUUGUUGGGGUUUGAGCUCUUAAACACAUCAGAAGGCUGAACAUGGUAAUGGUUCUGGUUUUGCAGUUACCUUUUUGUUCUUUGGGGUUGGUUGGUGUGGGUUAAACAGAUUAUAAAACCAAAACAACCAACUCUUUUACACAACAGCCAGUCUUCAGUGUGCUUGUAGUGUAAUCUUACCAUUCUGCCUCAUUUAAUUCAGUCUGUGGCAAUUGCUGUGACAUCUUAUUUUGCUUACCUUUGUUUUCCUCCAGCUUAAUUCUUAAAUAUAAACUGGAGACCAUCAUAAAUAUUCAUGCAUCUUUUAUCUGGCUGUUUAAUAAUAGGUGGCUUUUUUGCUUUGCUGCUGAAUUUCUCUCCCAUUUUUUUUCCACGUUGUUUCCAGCAGGUGGCAUUCUUGUUCCCUUCUGUAGUGGUGUUAGAGUUUCUCAGUGGGGUUUGGGGUUUUUUUGACUUUGUUGCUAAACAUGUCAGUAGAACUACACCCUGAAAUGUAAGAUAGUUCCAAAAAAGGAUUGGCUGUUUACAAAAGGGAUGAGCUUAUCCAAAUCUGGAAGGGUGGUUUGUGUUUGCGGCUUUAAAUCAUUCCUAUUACUGGAAGCAGGUCUAAUUUUUCAAAGAGGUUACUCAUAUCUGUCUGCGUAGAAAUUCUUGUACCUCCCAUCUGAAGCAUUUGGCUGCUGUCAGUCAGGAUGCUUGACAGAUGACUGUUAGGCCGCACGGCUAUACUGUUUAUUAUGUGGGGUGCUCUGUUCAGGGUUUGAUCAGAAAAUUCUCUUAAGAGGUAAAGGAAGGCUUCACACUGACUCCAGUAGACUUACUAGGUAGUAUGUGGAAAAAGCAAUGCCAGUGCACUUGAAUAGUCAUCUAAACACAUUUUUUACUACAGGCUGUGCUCAAAUGUGUAGUAGCAAGAAGAUAAUUCAGUCUGUUGCUUUUCAAUGUGAAGAGCUGAUGUGACUGGCAAAAAUAUUGUCAGAUGUGUUCAGUGAUGUUAACUGCUCUUAAUACCCUAUUUGGUCCAAAUCUUACAUGAGGCUGGUAAUGAGGAGGCUGAUAACAGUAGUAAUUUGUAAGUAUCUUUAGAAUGGAUAAUGUCUUUUUUUUAACUUCUCCUUUUGUUCUGCAGAAGUUAAAGUUGCAGAGUAAAGCUUUUUUAGCUCUUUAAUGCUAAUGUCUGUCAAUUUCUGGUCUGGAGCACCAGGCAAGUUUCAAAAGAUAGGUGAUGGUAGGUAGGGUUUUUUUUUUUAAAAGUGUUUCAAAUUUCUGGGAUUUUUUUUCCCUCCAUCUGUGUCUUAAGUAAUUGAUUGUACUGCUUACUGAUGGUUGUGUACUGGCAAGUCUAGUCUAUGGCAACAUGGAAUGGAGUAGCAGCUUAAUCAGUCUGCAGCAUAAAGGCUUGAUGACUUAAGUUUUACCUAGAUGGGUUUUUUUCUAAUAAAAAAUAUUAGUCAUGUUGCGUACACUCCUCAUCUGCAAUAUGUCUAGCUUCAUUAGCUCAAGUACAGCAUCCUCUGCAAGUACAUCAUUUAUGCUGUGACCUUUUUCUACUUGGAGUUUGUGCGAGGGUGCGUUCUUGCAUGAACAGAAAAGAUCAAGAGGACCUGGUUCUUAACUUGUGAUCCAUUUGAGGCACCUGAGCAGUUGAUAAACACUGAAUUUUAGCAAAAGGCACAAUACUGUUUUACAGGAACGUUGUUUCACCCUGCAAAUAACAUUUCAUGCCUGCGUGUAAGCCAAGAGUGGUUUUAUUACUAAUGAAUUAUAUGUACAAGGAAGAUUAUGAGAUGUUACAAUAGCUAUGUGCUGUUUGCAACCCAAAAGGAACAAUGUGAAGGUAAGUUACCUGUUGGUAUAGAAAAGCAAGGCUUAUGAUACCAUUUGCAUGGGUUUCUUUAUUUUUUUCUUGGCUUAUUUCAAAGACUUUACUAUCUAUUAUGGAAAAUGGUAAAACUGUCCUGUUGGAGAUGGGUGGCUUUUAAAAAAAGUGAGGCUUAAGUAUAAAUAUAUGGAUGAGCUUAAAUCAUAAACUCUCAGACUGCUGAUUGUACUUUCAAAGAGUAAAAGUAUGGAAUAAUAAA